AUGGGGGUGAUUUCGUCUGUAAUGUUAUGUUCGUCUGUAGUUGAUUUCGUCAGUCCCAUCAGUGCUCAUUACCAAGCUAUCAAGAAGAGUGAAGAUCUACUGAAGGAAAAACAACACAUUCAAAGUGUUUUGGUUAAGCAAUCAAAUAAAGAUAAACUUGAUUAUCAGGUUCAAUUAAAUGCAAUAGUUGAUUGCAUAAGAUUCUUUUUAUGCCAGGAAUUAGCUUUUCGUGGUCACGAUGAAUCUCAAGGUUCAAGUGAUAAAGGAAAUUUUCUUGAGCUUCUACAAUUUUUGGGGAAUCACAAUAAAUCUAUCAAUGAAGUGUUGCAAACAGCUCCGAAAAAUUGCAAGCUUACCCACUCGGAUAUUCAAAAAGACAUUGUGAAUGCAAUUGCACGUGAAACAUCCAAAGCCAUCAUCAAGGAUCUUGACAAUGGGUUCUUUUCAAUAUUAGUUGAUGAGUCACAUGAUAUCUCAGUGAAAGAACAAAUGUCCCUCGUUCUUCGUUAUGUGAACAAAAAAGGAAUUAUUAUAGAGCGGUUCCUUGGUAUUGUACAUGUUGCAAGUACCACCGCUUUGUCACUCAAAUGUGCUAUUGAAUGUUUACUUUGUGAACAUAAUUUGAGUUUGUCGAACCUACGUGGGCAAGGUUAUGACGGGGCUAGUAAUAUGCAAGGUGAUAUCAAUGGUCUCAAAACUUUAAUUUUGAAAGAGAAUAAGUCAACAUUUUAUGUCCAUUUUUUUGCUCAUCAACUUCAAUUGACAUUUGUUGCCAUUGCUAAAAAUCACAUUAACAUUGCUGAAUUUUUUAUUGUGGUUAGUAAUUUAGUAACUGUUGUUGGAGGCUCUUGUAAGAGACGAGAUGCUCUUCGAGAUGCACAAUUUGCCAAAAUUAAAGAAGAUUUAGAGAAUGGUGUACAUAGAAGUGGGCAAGAUUUGAAUCAAGAGACAAAUCUUAAAUGCCCUGAUGAUACACGUUGGGGAUCAUAUUAUGAGACUAUUCUCAACUUGAUUUUAAUGUUCUCUGCUGUUGUUGAUGUACUUGAGAUUAUUGAAGAAGAUGGCCUCUCCAACCAAAAAAUUGAAGCUCGAUCUAUUAUGAGUUAG